GGCCCACACAGGCCAUUUUACUUGCAUUAGUCUAGUCUGCAAUCUGCGCGUUCCUGUGCUCCCAGCUGUAGGCGCUGUGGACGCGCAGACGCGCUGCUUGGUAACGUCAGCGCUGCCAGCGUGGAGACACAGGGCUGACCGGAGCAGGGAAAGGAAGGCGGAAGUGCUGACAGGGAAAAUACGGCUCUGAGGAGGACUACAAGCACAGGAAUCGGCGGUGAAGAGAAGACAACAUGCAGAGCCAGAGAGCCUUCCCCCAGAUGAUGGAUCCAACCUUGGCAGAAAUGGGAAAGAAUCUUAAUGAAGCAAUGAAGAUGCUAGAAGAUGGGCAAAAGUCGGCAGAAGAAGAGAGGGACACUAAGAAAUACACAAGAAAAGAUAUACCUGGACCACUUCAAGGAAGUGGACAAAACAUGGUUAGCAUUCUCCAGCUGGUACAGACCCUUAUGAAUGAAGAUGACGAAGAGGAGUCACAAUCUUUUCGCAGAAUGCAGAAUGUUGGGGAGCAAGGACACAUGGCGCUGCUGGGACAUAGCCUUGCAGCAUACAUCUCUGUGCUGGACAAAGACAGGCUAAGAAAACUUACCACAAGAAUUCUCUCAGAUACUACGCUAUGGCUUUGUAGAGUAUUCAGGUAUGAGAAUGGGUCUGCAUAUUACCAUGAGGAUGAUCGCGAGGGUCUACUCAAAGUGUGCAGACUGGUCAUCCACUCAAGCUAUGAAGACUACACAACAGAGGGAUUCAAUGCUCUGUAUAAUAAGCAGCCUGUUAUCUAUAUGAGUGCUGCUUCAAGACCUGGACUGGGCCAGUACAUCUGUAACCAGCUUGGACUUCCAUUGUCAUGUUUGUGCCGUGUGCCUUGUAAUACAAUGUUUGGAUCCCAGCAUCAAAUGGAUGUGGCGUUAUUGGAUCGUCUUUUGAAAGAGGACUGUCAGUCUGGAAAGUUACCACUCCUCUUAGUGGCCAAUGCUGGAACCCCUGGUGCAGGACACACAGACAAACUUGGAAGACUAAAGGAGUUGUGUGACCAAUAUCGUGUAUGGCUGCAUGUGGAAGGAGUAAACUUGGCGACAUUGGCUUUAGGUCUUGUCAAUCCUUGUGUGCUGGCUGCAACUAAGUGUGACAGUAUGACCUUGACCCUAGGCCCAUGGUUGGGCCUUCCGGCUGUCCCUGCUGUUACCCUGUAUAGACAUGAAGAUCCUUCCUUGUCCCUUGCUGCUGGGCUCACAACAAGCCAGCCUGUGGAGAAGCUUCGGGCCCUGCCGCUAUGGCUAUCUCUGCAGUAUCUUGGCCACAAUGGGAUUGUGGAGCGGAUAAAGCAAGCAUCUCAACUGAGUCAGAGGCUGCUGGAACAACUAAAGGAUUUACCUUCCAUCAAAACUUCGGUUGAACAUGAUGGAAACUCGCCAGUAGUUGUAUUCAAGUUCUGUUAUGAAGGCUCUGGAUCAGAUUCCACAGUAAACCUAAACACUAUUGAAAGGGAGAGUGACACAAUGAAUCAAUGGCUCGGAGAACAGCUGGCUGUCCUUAUUCAGUCUUGUGGUGUGGACAUAGUGGAACUUGAAGAUGAAGGCACAUGCAUACGCUUUAACCCACUUAUGACCGCCGCAGUUCUAGGUACGACUACUGAAGAUGUUGUUCAGCUUGUAGAGUGUAUAAAGGUGAAGAUCCCCAUUAUAUACAAUACUCUGCAGCUGAAAGAAGAAUUCAGACUAGAGGUGGAAAGAAUAGCUGGACUGUCAUACAUUGUUGACCACAACUGGGCCGGACUUGGUGUAUUAAGGUUUGAACAUGUAAGCGAGGAACAAGAUGUCGGCAAACGAGAAGCCGAACUAGAAAAGAUUAAUGUGUUGCUGCUGAAGAAGCUAAAUGAAUUGGAGUCCGACCUCUUCUUCUCUUCCGGUCCUGAGUUCGGUGCUGAGAAACACUGUAUUUAUAUUGGAAUGGCAACAGAAGACUUGGAUGUGUCUGAAUUGGUAGAAACCAUUGCAGUCUUUGGCCGAGAGAUUGAAGAGAACUCAAAGCUCCUUGAGAAUAUGACUGAAGUCGUCAGGAAAGGUAUUUUGGAAGCUGAAGUACAACUGCAGAAGGCCAAUGAAGAGCGGCUUUUAGAGGAGGGAGUCCUACGGCAGAUCCCUCUAGUUGGCUCAGUUCUUAACUGGCUUUCUCCUGUACAAGCAACAGCAAAGGGUAGGAUGUUCAACUUAACAGCAGGAUCCUUAGAAUCAACAGAAAUAACUUAUGUGUCUAAGGUACAGGUGACUGGAACCAGUCCUCCUCCAACUCCAACUUUUGGACAUGCAAAAAGACAUCCAGGUCAAAAGUUGUUCAAAAGACUGUCCAGAAACUCUGACGCAAUGAGUGAGACAAGCUCAAUAAGUCACCUGGAAGAAGUGGAAAACCUCGAGGCUGCUCCAACCCCAGAACCAGAGACCUUAAACCCCACCGAACCACCCACCCCAUCUGUGGAGUCUCACAGCGAGGAAUCCCAUGAGGCUGACGCACUGGACAUUAAGACAGUGGAGUCUGAGAGUCUAAGAUAAAGGCGAGUGUUUUAUUCUUAGCACUCGACCCGACAUGAACUCUUUUUAGAUGUAAGGGUGUUUACUGAUCUCAAAUGUGAACAGUGCCACGCAAUCUUACAGUAGAGAUACUGUACUAAAUUAUUAACCUGUCUGUACAAAUAAUCUAAAUGAAAAGGAAAGCUUUUUUUUUUUCAUCUGUAGGGAGAGGUCACCGACAUACAGUAAAACUACUAUUUUUACCAAUGGUAACCUGAGUUUACUGCACUUCUUGUAAUUUCCAGAGUUGGAUUUUCUAAUUAAGCCUUUUAUUUUCUAAUGAUCUUUUUAGUUGUAGCAUUUGUUUUUAUUGUUUUGUCUUCAAAAUGAAAUCCUCCAAAUGUAAAUAGGAGAAAGUGACAUCUUACCCAGAGAUAUUGACAUGACUAUGUAGAAGUGAAAUACCAUCCACUUGUAAUGAAUCUGUUAGUGGCUCUGCACAUUGCCUUCUCAGGCUUGCUAUUUGCACAGUCAAUAUAUUUUUAAUGAACCAUUCAGCUGGAUGAACCUUAACGUCAGUUCUUUGAGGUUUUUUCAGGUCCACAGAUAGACCUUUUCUAAAGUCUACAUAUCCAGUUAAGAACCUGGCUUCACAGAGUGACCAAUUUAAAGGGGGAGUCUACUUUUAACACUUGGGGCCCUAAAACAGAUGAUCCAGAAUUAGAAAGCAUAGGCUUAUUUUCACACCAUCACAGUUUUAAGUUUGUGUAUGGUAUUGUAACAGGGGUUGCACUGUUUUUGGAAGAGAACAGCUAUGUUUUUCUAAUCCUCAAUAUUGCCAAGCUACUUUUGUUUCCUCAUGUUACCUAACAGGAUUAUGUUGGGACCAGGGCACUGGCGUAUAUAUGUAUCAGCUGGCUGUCUCACCAACUUAUAUACAGGGAAAAGAAUGAUGAGGCAUGUGGAAACACUUUCCAUUUGUUCUCAAGGGUGACAAGUCACCACCAGAGGACUUUGGCAGUGGCUCUUUCCCCCCAGACCUGCGCAUAAGUCUAUGGAGAGGGGGUGUCAGCUCUCAGCCAAACAAGAAUCAGCCAACUUUUCCCUUAUGUGUAUGACCAGCAAUAGUUUAGUCCUGAUCUAAAGCGUAUUAAAAUACACAGCUUGUCAGGAAAUGAAUUGAUAUCUGUAUGCUACCUAUCCAGAGAGCUACAUACACAAUCUCACCCUCAGCGUCUCCCAUGAAUCAACAACUGAAGAUUUUUUCAGAAAAAUGUUUUGACUUUGCGGGAAAUUUAUUCAAACCUGUGCAGAGAUAAAGUUGCCCAUAGCAACCAAUUAGAUGGCCUUUUUAGUUUUUGAAAUGAAAUAAGAAAAUUGGUUGCUAUGGAUAACUGGUCAAACUGUACACUGCACAGGUUUUCAUAAAUCUCAGUUUUUGUGUUCAUUCUGGCCCAAGUAUUAGGCGAUCGGUUCCCCUUAUAUUAACUGGACAUGUACUUAGUUUUUUUGUCUUUUUUUUUGUCAUAGGUAAUCUGCCAGUACUGUGUGAAGAAAAUGCACUAUGAGGCCUUAUUCACACAGCAGUACUUUGUUCUGUAUUUUAUAACAAUAAGUUUAGCCAAAGCAGAGCAAGAGCUGCAAAUGUUUAAUUCACACCCUUUGUAUAGGGUGCAUUUCUGGUUUUGGAUUAUUUGCUUAUGGCCGUAUUUAUUACUGAUCUAAAAUGCCAUGGUGUGGAUAAGGCCCAAGACUUGUCCGAUGAUAGGUUCCCAUCCAGAUAUUACACGCAGCAUGCCAAUAUAUGUUCAGGUUCACAUGUGUGGCAAUGCUUUGAGUUAGCUGUCUACUUUAUCACAUAAUGUAUGUAUCCUGCUUAAUAAAGACGUUUGUUCUAAUGA